AUGGAAACUUUACAUCUGGCAGAAAGUAUAAACAAGACGACAGGAUGGAGAUUUCCAGUAGUGGGCAUAAAUGUCUCUCUUCUGGCAGUAGCUGCUCUUUUUUCCUAUACGAAAAGAGGAAGAGAGUUGGAAGCUAUCUUAACACAGGGCUCUGGAUUGGACUUUUCCAUACUCACUCUUGCGCUCACUCUUUCUCUGAUGGCUGUGAUUGCGUACACGUACGGAAGUGCAAGAGUCCACGCAUUUAAGCAAAAAAGUGACAUAGCUAUGCUGGAGACUGUGCUAGGAGUGAUGGGAAUCGGCAUAAUAGGAGGAGUUGGCGCAAGCCCCAUUUACAUUCUCCUCUGUUUCCUUACGCUUCUUCUACUGAGAAGUGGCUCAAUAUACAAAUACGAGCUGCCCGCAGCCUGUGUGCUGAUAGCCAGCAGUUUUCUGCUGAGUAGCCCCGGGCUGUCGGUAAGGACCACAACGCUUUUGCUCUCCCUGGGAAUGUCGCUUUCCAUUUUAGGAACUAUCAGCCUCGAGUCCAUAAUCAAGAACAGAAGCAUCAACAUGUUUGGGUACUAUUUUAUGCUGAUAAGUGCCCUUCUGGGCGCAUUCAUGUAUAGCCCCAUUACCUUCAUUAUUUUCCCAAUUGUAACGUUCUGCAACUUAAACUCUCACGCGAUAGGGAAAGUAAUUAAAAAAAUUCCCGUAGUCUCAAGUGUCAGAGAGUACUACGCGAAGAUAAUGAAGAAAAGAAAGGUUAAAAUUUUCUUCACAUUCUUACUAAAGGUAACCAACAUAGUCCUCCUUGGGAGCAUUAUCGCGUGGUUUGUGCUCCACUUUUCAGCCUGGUACACCAACAAUCCGAAAGUAUUGGGAAUAAUGGGAAUAUCCGUUAGCGAUAACUCGCCGAUAUUCAUUGGAAUUGCAGAGAAAAUAGGAUACCUACUGGACACCUUCUACACGCUGAUACACACCGUUUUAAGAGCUGUACGACCAAAAAACAUCGCACUAUUUUUGCUGAACUCAGUGAGAAUAAACCCGCAGAAACCUGUAGUUCCAAACAGCCUAAUUAAGCAGAUAGUAGCCAUACUGUACAGGAUUCUACUGGUAGCUGACAAUGCAGUAAUGGCAAUAACCAAGCUAGCAGGCACUAUCCUAUACGCAGGAUGCUACCUAGUGAUCAACCUAUCAGAGGUAGCUGGAUUUAUGGCCAAUAUUGCAAGAAAUCUCUUUGCAAAAACCAUAUACAUCUUUGAAACAGCGAUGUACUUUUUGCUAGGCAGAAGAGUGGAGAUAGCUCCAACUGUUUUAGAGCCAUCGAUGAGUUUUUCGCAGACUAUAUUGGAUGCCAUGCUACUUCCAUUCAGACUAACAAAAUCACUCUUCAGCAUGACAAUGAGGAGAAGAACUCCUCCAGUUGUUGUAUUGCAGCCAGAGUUACCAAUAGAAGGAAAUAUUCUAACGGCAUUUUACGGGCUGCUGAUGAAUCUCGUGCUGGUGCUGUUCUAUGGAUACUACUCUGUCGUUGUGUCUAGCAUUGGACAGUACAUCGCAUCAGACAAAACAUUCAUGCUUACUCCAAGGGGAAUAAAACCAAUUAUAAACGAAGAUGCAGCAUACAUACCAGAGCACAUAAAUAGAAUUCCCAGAGACAACUUCUACCAGAAAUACUUUGAUCUAUACUGCGAUCAGGUGGGCAUAUUCUCCCGUCUGAACGAGAACGGAGCAUACUUUGAGCAGCCAGUCAUCGAAAGUGUAGAUGAGAACGAAAAACAGAGUAUGUCCAUCGAGAAGUACACAAAAGACCAGGUGUGCAAGCCUGUGUCCUCUUUUGAAGAGGAGCUGCAGAGCAAGAUAUCAAAGGUAGGGCCUGUGGGCGCUAGAUUCAAGCUGGAUGAAAAGUUUGGAAUAAAGAAAAUUCUCCAAUACUUCCCCUCCAUCAGAAGCACAAAGGAAUUUUCAGAGAAAGAGCUGAAGCUAAAGAAAGCAGUAGGAGACGCGAAAAAAGAAAUUAAAAAAUUCAAAGCAAAGAACUCGCACUUUGACAAUAUAAUGGGAAGAAAAAAGAACGAAGGCGAAGCUCUUGCUAAGGCCAAGGCCAUUUUCAGCAAGGCGCAGUCAGACUUAGUGCAGUACUACACCAACUACUACUACAAUAUGUACACUCUUGCAAAACAUUUCCUAAAUGAGAUAGAUCCAUCAGUUGCCAACCUGGUGUCUGGCUCUGCGAUAGGUCUGUACAAUAGCAUACUGCCUGAGAAAUACCGCGACAUCUCUGACGAGUACUUUAAGUCCAUCAUAUCUCUGAGAACAGCCCUAAUCGAGAAAGAGCUGCCCUUCAUAACUGAAAUGCAAUCCGCAAAAGUUUUCUGCAAGCCGCUCUUCCUUGAUCUGCAGCUGAGAAACAAGAUACAGACACAGAGCCCAAGGGAAGGAUUCUUUAUCCAGGGCAUUUCCGACAGUGUAGUAGAUUAUGAAAAAUUAUCAGCUGAGGAAAAAGGCCUUAUCGUGUUCCAAGAGCUGAUAAGCAUCAAGAGAGACGCAGACUACAUACACUUUAAGUCUGUCGUAUCAACAGAUCCAACUGUGAAAGUUCCUGCGCAUACAAUAACCGAAUCUACCGGAAUAGAUAUUGCAAUUAGAAACGAAGACACAACGGUUGUAUCAGUUUCUCUGAACAACAAGCCAAUACUUGCCAGCGUUAUUCCAGAGGAAAACACAGGGCGCGUGCUGGUCGAUCUAAAAAUACCAAACAGCUUGGUCAAAAAUGAGUCCAAUGUGAUCUUUACAGUGCGCAUGUUCAGAGGACAUACAUCACUCGUUCACACAGCGACAUACGCAAUUGCAUAG